AGCUGAGCCAGAAGCCAUCCCUUUUUUAGCAGCAGCAAGUGGCUGGGGCACAGAUAAAAUCCAAGUAACUCUUGUAGUGGAGUUAGGUAAGUCAUUUCCAAAGCAUAUCAGAGUUUCAACUUGUUUUGGAGCUAGUGAGCAGAAACCUUUAAGUUCCACAUACCUGAGUAACAGCAGGCCUUAUCACUAACACAAACAAGUAGCUCAAAUGGUAAACAUGGCAGAGAGCUGCAAGGCACAUCUUGUGAGAUUAUAACCAAGGAGCUGUUUUCCAACACCCACAAUAAUUAGUAACAAUAACCAGGAGCAAGCAGUUUUAUCAGGAGAUGAAUUUUCUUGGGCAAUGAUAUGCAUGUUAGCCAAGUUCUUGUGCAAGUUAACCUCUGCUGUGGUCCUGGGGGUGGAGGGACACCAAACACGCAUGAUUUGAUGCAAACAAACCUGGCUGACCUUUUUCUUUAAAAGGUGGCAGUGUCUCAGUACUUUGGAGCAAACAGUUUUGGGGAUUUGUUGUGUCGUUUUGGAAUUUGUUCAAAAACUGUCUGGAUGCUGCAGCUUCCUGGGGUUUCUGAGGAACUAGCAUCUAAGGCAGUUCUUGUAGCUGAUACCCACUGAAUAAGCCCCACUGAUGGGGCUACCUCAGGUCCCCAGAUGAGUGCCAGUGCCAUCUGAAGUUCCCAGUUGCAUGGAUAGGGCACGUACAGCUAUAAGACUGUAGGAUCUCUUUUCUAAUUUAACCAUUCAGGGGAAAUGAGGUUCUAAAACAGGGAUCUCAGAUGUCAAAGGUAGUUCUUAUUUGCAGGCAUUUUACUCCUAGCAAAGCACAGUAGAGCUACUGAUUUCUGAAAGCAUCCAAGAUCACUUGGGUAGAUCACAGCUGUAAGAUUACCUAGUUCUUAGUCUGUUCUGUUCUCACAUAAUAAAGCAAACAUUUUUUUAAAGCAGUAUCUCACUGCUUUAUGCUGAUCUUGCAGACCUGCAGUUCCUUUCUGCAGCCCAUUCAUUGAUUGUGUGGCUGGACUGGUGGUAGAGAGAUGAGGAGGCUGAUGGUCCUUAGUACCUCUAUCACUGCUGGGCCUUUCUGAGGUGUCCCAGGUACUGGCAUGAACAUCGUUAGUCAGCAGAGAUUGCAUGAAAUUGGCUUUCAUUGCUGAAGCUGGAUGUCUUUAUCCAACAGAGGUUAUAACGCACAGCUAUGGUUACGCUUGAUGUUACAGCUCUGAUUAUGCUCGCAGAACAAAGCAGAGUUUGCAGUUUGUUGCCUGCUCCCAUCUGCUGUUCUGUACACUCUAAGAAAUUAGGUGUCUUGUGUGUCUCUAACUAGGCACCCAAAAUAAGUGUCUAUUUUUUUCCUUGAGAUCUCCUCAGCCCCUGCAUCUGUCAGAUGGGGACUGUACCACCCCCUCCUAAGAGAUGCUAGAAGAAGAGAUUCAAUUCAGUCCUGUUUGUUCAGCCCUCAGACACUGUCGUGACAAGCAGUGUUGAAAAGCUCAUGAGGAAAUUAAUAAUUCUGCUUCUGAGCCGUGUGCAGGAAAUGAGGUAUGAGACCACACGUUGGACAAUGAGGAGAGAGCAGGACUGCGAAUAGCUGCUGGUUCAGGGAGCUCCAUCCUUCGCAUGCGCUGGCAGAGGCCGGAGUCCUUGCGUCUGGACACUAGGCUUGGAAGAGAAUUGCACUGUGAAGCAUUUACAGAAGGGAGUCAAAGUUGUGUCAGCCCUGAAUUUGGCAUUUUCUGUCUGGCAGUGGACAUGGAUAUGGAGGAUGACCCCUUGUUACAGGAUGCCUGGCUAGAUGAGGAAGAGGAGGAGGUUGCCUUCAGCAUGUGGAAGAAGCGUGAGGGUGCCCUAUUGUGUGGGAAAAGCCCAUGGAAAGUCAGGCCCCUGCAUACAACGCUGCCAGUGACUGGCUUCUGGAAUAUUGUUGGCUGGAUAUUUACCAACCCGUACUGUGCUGGCUUCAUCCUUUUCCUGGGCUGCAGCAUCCCUGCUGUGCUUGCCGUUGUCAUGUUCCUCCACUACCCAGCCCUGGACAUUGACAUCUCCUACAACGCCUUUGAGAUUCGGAACCAUGAGUCCUCUCAGCGCUUCGAUGCACUCACCUUGGCCCUCAAGUCCCAGUUUGGGUCAUGGGGCCGGAACCGCCGGGACCUGGCUGACUUUGCCUCCGAAACCCUGCAGAGGCUUAUCUUUGAGCAGCUCCAGCAGCUGCACCUCAAUGCUUCCCACCUUGGGGGCACUGCGCGGGCCAAGCGUGGCAUGCCAGAAGGCAGGACUACUUCCCCCAAGCCCCGUGCCCGCCUGAGGGUGGGAAACCAGACUUUCCGAGUUGCGAGGGGUGCCCCACGCUGGGACUACUCCAGUGCGUAUGUCAGUGCCAACACACAGACACAUGCCCACUGGCGCAUCGAGCUUAUUUUUCUAGCUCGGGGGGACUCUGAGAACAACAUCUUCACCACUGAGCGCCUCUUUACCAUCCACGAGGUUGAGCGCAAGAUCAUGGACCAUCCUCGCUUCCGGGAGUUCUGCUGGAAGCCGCAUGAGGUCUUGAAGGACCUGCCCCUGGGCUCCUACUCCUACUGCUCCCCUCCCAGCUCCCUUAUGACCUACUUCUUCCCCACUGAAAGAGGAGGGAAGAUUUACUAUGAUGGCAUGGGACAAGACCUUGCUGACAUCCAAGGGUCGCUGGAGCUAGCCAUGACCCACCCUGAGUUCUACUGGUACGUGGACGAAGGGCUGUCUGCCGAGAACAUGAAGAGCUCCCUGCUGCGCAGUGAAAUCCUCUUUGGGGCACCGCUGCCAAAUUACUACUCAGUGGAGGACCGCUGGGAGGAACAGCGCCGCAAGUUCCAAAGCUUUGUCGUCACCUACGUGGCCAUGCUGGCCAAGCAGUCCACAAGCAAAGUCCAGGUGCUGUACGGAGGGACGGAUUUGUUUGACUACGAAGUGAGGAGGACCUUCAACAAUGACAUGUUACUGGCCUUCAUCAGCAGUAGCUGCAUAGCUGUCUUAGUCUACAUUCUUACCUCCUGCUCAGUGUUCCUGUCAUUCUUUGGCAUUGCCAGUAUUGGGUUAAGCUGCCUGGUGGCUCUGUUCCUGUACCACGUUGUAUUUGGGAUCCAGUACCUGGGCAUACUCAAUGGUGUGGCUGCCUUUGUCAUUGUGGGGAUCGGGGUUGAUGAUGUCUUUGUUUUCAUCAACACCUACCGCCAAGCCACACACCUCAAGGACCUGCGACUGCGCAUGAUCCACACUAUCCAGACAGCAGGAAAGGCCACCUUCUUCACUUCUCUGACCACAGCUGCUGCAUAUGCUGCCAACAUCUUCUCUCAGAUCCCAGCUGUGCAUGACUUUGGGCUCUUCAUGUCACUGAUUGUAUCCUGCUGCUGGGUAGCUGUGCUCUUCACCAUGCCAGCUGCUCUUGGAAUAUGGACCCUUUAUGUGUCCCCACUAGAGAGCUCCUGUCAAACCAGCUGCAGUCAGAAGUGUACCAGAAAGAGUGCCUUGCACCUAGGUGAAGAUCUCUUCAUUUCCUUGGAGGCCACCUCCAGAGCAGGCCAAGAGACACUUCCCUAUCUGGAUGAUGACAUCCCACUGCUCAGUGUGGAGGAGGAGCCUGUCUCCCUGGAAAUGGGUGAUGUGCCCUUGGUAUCUGUGAUGCCAGAGAAUCUGCAGCUUCCUGCAGAGAAGAGCAACCGGGGUCACUUGAUAGCCCAUCUGCAGGAGUUGCUGGAGCACUGGGUGUUGUGGUCUGCAGUGAAGAGCAGAUGGGUUAUUGUGGGGCUCUUUCUCCUCGUUUUGCUCCUGUCCAUAUUCUUUGCUAGUCGCUUCCGUCCAGCUAGCCAUGCUCCAGUCUUGUUCCGGCCAGACACUAACAUCCAGGUGCUGCUAGACUUGAAAUACAACCUGAGUGCUGAAGGCAUCUCCUGCAUUACCUGUUCAGGUUUGUUUCAGGAAAAGCCCCACAGUUUGCAGAACAACAUCCGAACCUCUUUGGAAAAAAAGAAGAGGGGCUCAGGGUUGCCUUGGGGAAGCAAAGGGAGCAUAAGUGAUACAGGACAGCAAGAUCUCCAGGGGACUGUGUAUAUCUCCAAGUCCAGAGGCAAGGGAAGACCAGCUAUCUACAGGUUCUCGCUCAACGCCAGUGUCCCUGCCCCCUGGCAGAUGGUGUCAGUGGGAGAUGGGGAGGUGCCUUCAUUCCAGACAGCUGGUGAGCAGGCAACACUGCUCGAGCACAGACCAUGUUGGACACACACCUACAGGAGAACCUGCUUUCAGAUUUCCCUCACCCUACACAGAGCAGCCACCAUGCAGCCUACAGCCACGGAAAAUCAGGGUGGGCUGCUUAAGCAGACGAGCCCCAGGAAGUGGAUGAUGACCACCUUGUCCUGUGAUACCAAGAGAGGCUGGAAGUUCGACUUCAGUUUCUACGUGGCCGCCAAGGAGCAGCAGCGAACGCGGAAACUAUAUUUCGCCCAGUCGCACAGGCCCCCUUACCAUGGCCGAGUGUGUGUGGCACCUCCUGGCUGUCUUCUCAGCUCUAGCCCAGAUGGACCCACGAAAGGCAUCCUUUAUGUUCCCAGUGAGAAAGCUCCAAAAGCAAAGCUCUCAGCUACUUCUGGAUUUAAUCCUUGCAUGAAUACUGGCUGUGGGAAGCCAGCAGUGCGGCCACUGGUGGACACAGGAGCCAUGGUGUUUGUGGUGUUUGGUAUCCGAGGGGUUAAUCGUACUAGACGCCCGGACAACCACGUCAUUGGAGACAUGGGCAGCGUUAUCUAUGAUGACAGCUUCGACCUCUUCAAAGAGAUUGGCAACCUGUGCCGCCUCUGCAAAGCCAUUGCCAGUAACACUGAGCUGGUGAAGCCAGGAGGGGCUCAGUGCCUGCCCUCUGGUUAUAGCAUCUCCUCCUUUCUGCAGAUGUUGCACCCUGAGUGCAAGAACAUCCCUGAGCCGAACCUGCUGCCUGGACAGCUCUCUCAUGGGGCGGUGGGAGUGAAGGAUGGAAAGGUGCAGUGGAUCUCCAUGGCAUUUGAAUCGACAACCUACAAAGGGAAAUCUUCCUUCCAGACAUAUGCCGACUACCUGAAAUGGGAGACAUUCCUGCAGCAGCAACUUCAGCUCUUCCCCGAGAGCUCUGCUCUCCGACAUGGUUUCCAGACCUGUGAACACUGGAAGCAGAUCUUCAUGGAGAUCAUAGGAGUGCAGAGUGCCCUGUAUGGUCUCAUCCUCUCGUUGGUUAUUUGUGUGGCUGCUGUGGCAAUAUUCACCACUCACAUUCUCCUCCUGCUGCCAGUGCUUCUCAGCAUUUUAGGUGUGGUCUGCUUGGUGGUGACCAUCAUGUACUGGUCUGGCUGGGAAAUGGGGGCUGUGGAAGCCAUUUCCCUCUCCAUCCUUGUUGGCUCCUCUGUCGAUUACUGUGUGCACCUGGUGGAAGGCUACCUGCUGGCAGGGGAAAACCUGCCCCUGCAUCAGGCAGAGGACCCCACAGCCUGCCGCCAGUGGAGGACGAUCGAAGCGGUCCGUCACGUGGGUGUGGCGAUUGUCUCGAGUGCCGUCACCACAGUGAUUGCUACUGUCCCGCUCUUCUUCUGCAUCAUUGCCCCUUUUGCCAAGUUUGGGAAGAUCGUGGCCCUCAACACAGGAAUCUCCAUCCUGUACACGCUAACUGUGAGCACAGCCCUGCUAAGCAUCAUGGGGCCUGGCACCUUCAUCCGAAGCAGGACUUCCUGCCUCAAGGCCUUGGCAGGGGUGCUUCUCACCGGCCUGCUGGGUCUAUGCAUCUGCCUCGCCCUGCUGAAGAGCGGAUUUAAGAUCCCUCUCCCUAACGGGACAGCCCUGUAGACCCUAUGCUGAGAGCUACAUGCUCUGUUGUCUUGCUCACUCUUUUUUUUUUUUUUUUUUUUAGCGGAUAUCUUUUGUAAGAAAAAAAAAAAGAAGGAAAAAAAUCCCUUUUUCCAGAAGUUUUUCAACUCCAGAUGCACUUUAUUUUCUAAUGAGUUUUGCUCUAAACUUGUAUUUGUUUCAGUAGUGAUGGAUGGAUAAUGGACAGCAAGGGCUGCCCAGGGGAUACCUCAGCCAGAAAAUAGCAGUGGAAGAGGUGUCCUUCUCUUAUUUUUCUUUCUGCUUUGCUGUUCUUUUAUAAAUGAACAGAGUUUUCUGGAACCACAAAGGUAAAGGGAAGAAGUCAGGUAGAUCAUCUGAUCCCUUUCAAAACCCCUCCCUUUUUCCCCAUCUUCUCCUUGGCCAGGGUCAGUGUUGCAGUGAUGGCUCUUGAAGGGAUGUCCUGCCUCCACCACAGGCCUGUGCAUUGCUACCUGAGCUUUUGAAAACAGCAGUGAGCUGAUAACAGGCAUGGGAAAUAUUGCUGUCUGGGCCUCUUUGCCCUGCCCUGCGCUCAAGCUAGGCCAGGAGUGAGCUUACUGGACAGAAGACACAUUUCCAAGCAAGCUGUUCUGAGAGGGCCUUGUAGGAUCUGAACUGGAGAUGUUGAGCAGCACCUCCCAGACGUGCCUGCACGCAUCAUUAGCGGGGACUGCCAGGAUGCAUGGCUCUCUCCCCACUUCCAAAGGGACAGUGCACUUCUUGCUUCCCUGGAGGAGAGCUCCCCCUGGAGCUCUUGGGUCUAGGAACAGCCGUCAGGAACACCAUCGGCUUGCUUGCCUCUCCCUCAGUGCAGCAGCUAAGCCAAAGCAGUAACAGUGCCCUGCUCCUGCGCUGCACGUGGCUUCACCAGUCUCUGUGCUGCUCCUCACUGGGAAGACAGAAUGGAAGUCCUUCAGCUCCCUGUAAAGCCUUCUGCUCCUGGUCAUGGUAGUCAGCUUGCAGCCCGAGUAGGAGAUCACCACUGGGGCCAGGCAGAGCUCCUGGCUGGGAGUGUGCACAGAUAAACAGAGCUGCCUCCCCCGUGGCAGCUUAGAUGAAGCCUCUGUUGUGGAGACGUGAAUGCAGCGCAGCUUCAGCCCCGCGGCUGCUGCUUGCUCAGAGCAGAUGGCUUGUAUUAAAGUAAAAUGAAAUUGCAAACUGGCGUCAUUAACAAGUACAUUUUAAGCAUCACUGAUUCCAUCAUAUUCUUAAAAUUGAAAUAACUAAGUGUGUGCAUUGAGAUGCACCACAUCUGGUCCCCAGCAGAAGGGGAGGGGUCAGGCCCACUGGGAACUACAUUAAACAUUAUUUACAGGGAUGCCAACAGAGGGAGGCGACCAGAACGCAGCCUGACUCUUCUUUGUUUGCAUACUGCAUUCCUGGCAGUUUUGCGUUCUCUGUCUGGAUUGACACCCCCUGCCCCCUUUAUAAAAUGGAAAUGCCAGGAAGCCAAUCCCCAUUGCCCACUGUGUUCUGGGACCAGGCUGCUGAGACCAGCAGCCGCUUCUGCUUGGCUUUCCGUAUCCCUACCAGUCUCUUACAUCUUCACAUCAUGUCUUUGCUGGUUCCUAUUUAAAAGUAGGAUCCUCCCUGAGAAAAGGGAUCAAGCAUUUAUUCCUAAAGCAGGUGUUCAGCUAGAGUGAGUUGUGCCAGGACAGGACUCCUGUUGGGCCUCACUGAUGCUAGGGGAAACCCAGAGCAAUCCUGCUGCAGGGAGUGAGGCUGGGGAGAGCAUGAGCAGAUCAGACCUGCUUUUCAUAGCUGCUGUGCACAGUUUGGCCCCAGCUUCAAUCUGCAAGCACUUCUUUCCCCAAUGUCUGUUCUCCAAAUUGAAAUACCCAUGGCACCCCAAGUGCCCCUACAGGGCAGCAAGCAUAGAGGGCAACAUACAGCACUGAGAGAUCUAUGUGGCUGUGGGAGUGCUGCCAGGAGAGAGCAAGGUCCCAGUGCUCCCAGUGCUGCAGAGGAGGCUGUGGCUGGUAGCUUGACCUGAAUCCAGCUGAUGCUUUAGCAUCCUGAUGGUGAUAAAGCUGAUGGUUGUUUCUGGGUCACCAAACAGUAGAGGAAGGUAUGAAGUACGCACUUGCACAAAAUCCUUCCUUCUGUGAGCAUGGAGAAGCCUUCAAAGAUCAUAAAGACAAGGCAUAGAUCUGCUUUGAAUCCUGCAAAAGGUAAUGUUCAGUCAAGCCCCAGGGGUCCUAUGUUUUUGUUCACUAUAAAAAGGUUGCACAAGCCCCUCGCCUCCAGCAUGAUUCCGGGCACACCAUGCUGGGACCAUUCUCAGCCACUCUUGGAAGGCAAAAAUUAACUUCAGAGCAGUGGCAAACCUUUUAUGUCUCCUGAGUUUGAUCUGGCAGGGUGCUCAAAGUUUCCAGCAGUUUGCUGAGCUGCUGCAGACAAAAAUAACAGCAUUCCUGGCAUCUGACAGAUUUUGUCCCCUUUUCUGGAGCAGACAGGAGAAAGCAGAGGCUAUAAUUUUCCCUCCUCUUCCAGGCCCAGCCAGAGCAGUAAGGGUGGCUGAUAUUCUACAAGAGUAGAAUAUGACCUUGUCCUUGUACAUCCAAGAUCCAGGUAAGCAGGUUCUCUUUGCCAUUAGAAAAUAAUCCUAAAAUUAGAGAGGUGGAAAAAUGGAUGGGUUUAUCUGAGCAAAUAUGAAGGUGGGGCUGACAGCCCUGUGAGAAAUCAGUACUCUGAGGCAGAUGCUCAUAGCAAUAAAAAGCAAGGCCUCACCUGCCUGGCAUGGUUCUGGCAGCAGAUGCUCCACUAAAUUAAUUCUUCUCUCACCUCUGCCUGUCUUCUUUCUCUAAUGAUUCCUCUGUUGCCCAGACCAGCUCUUGGGCCCUGUCACCUUGCUGAGCAAGGGUCACCUUCUCUGUGGUAGCUGCUCUCACUUAAGGUGCUUGCAAAGUCUGGACUAAAACAUAAUGAAAAAUUUCUGUGGGAGAAUUUGUCUACCAGAGAAUGCUACAAUGUUAAAACGCUUCAUACAAAGUAUCGGUUUGAUGUUUCUAAAUAAUUUAACACAGCAGCCCAGUGUCAUGGAAAUACUGCAUCCCACCCUUACUUGGAAGAGAAUGCUCCAAUCUUCUUGCUGCAACUAAAAAAAAAAAAAAAAAAAAAAAAGACUUGCACAACUUACCAGUCAUAGCACAUUGAAAUUAACUAUUUCUGUAUUUCUGUUCAACUGCCAGCUUUUUUAUUCAGGGAAAUCCUGUUUUGAAGGAGGCAUUCUUAAAAGUUGAUGUUUCAGAGUAGGGGGGAUCAUUCUAAAACUGUGCAGGUUCCUUCAAAACAAGGUGGGUCCUUGCCUGACCAGCAGCCUUCUCCCAGCCAGACCAGAGCAGCAGCACAAGGCCAUUGCUGUUUUUGAAGCAUCAUGAUACUACAUGCAGAACUAAUGCAGCUGCUAAUCAUCUUUGACAGAGCUCCAAGAUUAAGGCUUCCUGUAACCAGGGACACUCGGGGAGCAGGUCUCUGCUCCUAAGAGCCGUGUCUGCAUCAGCUUUGGAGCAAAGAGGAGCAGAGCUGAAGUGAGUUGAAAGAUCAGUGUCAGAGGCAGGACUAAACUCAGGUCUCCUGCCUCCUAUGUUGCAGUGUCUCUUGAGUUGCUGGGCCAAUGCUUGGUCUGUCCAGGCAACAGCGACAUCAAGGUUGGCCACCUACCCUGGCAGGUUUCAAGGCUGUAGAUAGCAAAAAAAGCUUGGGGACUUAGCUGGGCUGUGGUCCCUGCUAGAUCUGAAACUACACCAGGGCAAAGCCAUCCUGGGAAGUGCCAGAGAGGAGGAUGUGUGGCAUGCCUACAGUGUCACUGGGACCACUGACACGGUGUCUCCUGCCACCCCUUGCUUUGUCGUUGCUGGGGCAAACUGGGCUGUUGCUUGAUGUCAUGGCAUCUGACUCUUUUAGCUUUUCCCGCACUGAAUUUUCGUGCUAGAUCAGCCUGCUCUCCUGGAAGGUUAUAAAAGGCCUGUAAUUUAACCCAGUGACACACAUAAAUCCUCCCACGCUGUCCAGCAGGGAAGCUCUGCUGAUUGAUUUACAGCCAAGCAGGGCAACGUCACAGCCUCUCGGUUAUCUGCCUCAGCUAACUCCUCUGCCCUGGCUUAGUACCAGGUGUCCUGUAGUCAGACGUCUUUCAAGGCCUGCUCCCGUCCUGAGGACAGGGUUGUUUCGUGUCCUUUCUCCUUGUCACUCCUCGUUUGGGCAGCUCCCGGGAGGGCGGAGGUGGGACGGGGAGGCAGAGCAACAAGCAGAGGAGCAGCAAGGUUGCGUGGGGCGCCGGAGGAGUGGGAAGCGAGUCAGCGGGAGGGAGGAUGGGUGAAGAGCCCAGAGAAGGACGAGGGAGAGGAGGGAACUGCCGUCUCCCCGCGUCGUGCGCAGAAGGUGGGUUCUCAGAGCGACGUAGCACAAUUCCCGAUGUAACGUGCGCGAGUUACUUUUGUAAGUCGUCUCCUACCCUCACUAUUUUCAAUGUUCUUGAUUUUUGGAGACUGUUGUAAAUAAAAGAUUUUGACAUUC